AUGGUCUCUCCCUCUCGAAAUGGUGCUUCGGAGCGUUGGGCAGCUGACAACUACGAUGCCGUAUCAAAUCGAAGUUCUGGUGCGGUUGGUGCGGUGUUGUUGUGCAGAUUCCAGUGUCAGGUGGCUGUGAAAUCGAUGGAUAGGAGCCGUUCAGAAUGGCGUAAUGAAGUCAGGAUGCUCGCAAGGGUCUGCCCUCAUCCCAACAUAUGCUCUAUAAAGGCCGUAUAUCUCGAUAACAUGCACUCUACUAUCGAGAGUCCUACAUGUGAGUCUGCGCCUGGUUGUUGCUGGAUUGGUGAUGUGCUCGUUGGUCAAGGUGAACUCUUUGGAGCCGUGUCACGUGUCACCAGUAUUACGUGCAGCGAGGAGGUCGUCGAGCUUCGGGAAUACACUGCUGCCUCCCCCUGCCAGUAUAGAUGGUCCGAUGCUUCCACCAAAUGUCAUGAAUGCGGCGUUGUACACCGCGACGUAAAAUUGGAGAACAUUGUGAUUGCCGAAGAUGAAGACGGAGCUGAGGUGGCCCGACUGAUAGACUUUGGCCUUGCCCUGAGGUGUAGAGGAAAGUCUGGGGUCGUUGACAAGCAGAUCGUCGGCUCAAUACACUAUCUAGCGCCGGAGUGCAUCAGGAAGGGCAGGUAUUCCAGCGCUUCCGAUAUGUGGGCCGCUGGUGUAGUUCUGCAUCUUCUUCUCCGGCCUUCCGUACCACCUGCAGCAGCGCCCGACAACAGGGCGAUCAUGAGACGGAUCAGUACUAUGGAUUUGGAGGGACUCGGCAGUGGUAUCUCGAAGGAAGCCAGGGAUCUCCGGAGUCGACUACUCUCACUCUAUCCUGAUAGCAGACUUACAGCUCGAGAAGCUCUAGAGCAUCCUUGGUUCACGAGUACUGAUGACGAUGAUGCUACCUCGGGGACUUACUCGGCCCAACUACACCGGAGCGAUGAUGAGGCUAGUCAUCGUCAGUUGAGGACCUCAUCCGAAGCUGGAGUGCCGCCCACUUCCCCUCCGCGACGCCAUCGCACAGACCCAGCCUUGGGAAUCAAGGUUUGGCCUGUCUCCAGUCCGAUGCAUCGGCCUAGCAUAGAGUUUGGAGAGCCCACUGCAUUACAACGGCCACUCAGUUCGGCGGAUCCGAUCAUUAUUGUGACUCCCGUCUCCGCAGCUGCUGCGGACUCACGUCAAGAAAUGGAAUCAAAAGAUGCUCUCUAA